UCCCCGCGGCGGGAAGGAGCCGCGCGCGCUCGAGGCCGACGCGAUCCGCAAUCGUUCUCGCCUGCGCCGCCGCCGCCGCCGCCGUCGCUGCCGCCUCGAGAGGAGCCGCCGCGGCCGUCCCUGCCGUCGCCGUUGGCCACCAUGUCCGCCCAGGCGCAGAUGCGGGCCCUGCUGGACCAGCUCAUGGGCACGGCCCGGGACGGUUCAGUGUAUCUUUGCCUGCCUACAUCAAUCUGCAAGGGAGUUGCAGAAAAGCCUCAUGUUCAUCGAGCCGAGAUGAAACCAGACAGAGGGUCAAGUUUACAGAUGACCGUGUCUGCAAGAGUCACCUUCUGGACUGCUGCCCUCACGACAUCCUGGCUGGGACGCGCAUGGAUUUAGGAGAAUGUACCAAAAUCCACGACUUGGCUCUCCGAGCAGAUUAUGAGAUUGCAAGUAAAGAAAGGGACCUGUUUUUUGAAUUGGAUGCUAUGGAUCAUUUGGAGUCUUUCAUUGCCGAAUGUGAUCGGAGAACUGAGCUUGCCAAGAAGCGGCUGGCAGAGACGCAGGAGGAGAUCAGUGCAGAAGUCUCUGCAAAGGCAGAAAAAGUACACGAAUUAAAUGAAGAAAUAGGAAAACUUCUUGCUAAAGCUGAGCAGCUGGGAGCUGAAGGAAAUGUGGAUGAAUCCCAGAAGAUUCUUAUGGAAGUAGAGAAAGUUCGUGCAAAGAAAAAAGAAGCCGAGGAAGAAUACAGAAACUCCAUGCCUGCGUCUAGUUUCCAGCAGCAGAAGUUGCGUGUCUGUGAGGUCUGCUCUGCCUACCUUGGUCUCCAUGACAAUGACCGUCGUCUUGCAGAUCACUUUGGGGGAAAGUUACACCUGGGGUUUAUUCAGAUCCGUGAGAAGCUUGAUCAGUUGAGGAAAACUGUGGCAGAAAAGCAGGACAAGAGAAAUCAGGACCGCCUGAGGAGGAGAGAGGAGAGGGAACGGGAGGAGCGGCUGAGUAGGAGAUCUGGAUCAAGAACCAGAGAUCGUAGGAGGUCACGUUCCAGGGAGAGACGUCGGAGACGGUCCAGAUCUGCCUCCAGAGAGCGACGGAAGUCUUCCCGGUCUCGGUCUCGAGACAGACACCGGCGCCACCGAAGCCGUUCCCGUAGCCACAGCAGGGGCCACCGCCGGGCCUCCAGGGACCGGAGUUCGAAAUACAAGUUCUCCAGAGACCGGGCAUCCAGGGAGGAGCCUUGGGGCUGUGGACGAAGCGAGCGUGGGGCUGCCGACUGGAGGCUUGAGAGCUCCAAUGGGAAGACAUCUUCACGGAGGUCAGAGGAAAAGGAGGCUGGCGAGAUCUGAACCCCCUACCUGGCACUGUAAAUAGUCUGAUAAAUGUUCAACACGGCCUCAUACAUUCUCCUUUAUAUUUACUGGAUGCGACUCGUCUUUUGUAGUUUAAAAUUUCUAUUGUUUUGGAGCUAGCCCUGCAUUUCUAGAGACAUACAGAGUUGCUCCUGUAUUCUGGGAUUACAUUGAGUAGGAAUAAAUAAAUCUGACAGUGCCUCCUGA